GCGGCUGUUGAGGUUUCAUCCAUGAAUCGCCCGGUUACAAGAAGAUUACAGAGUAAUAUAUCUGAUUCGACAGAUUUAUCUGUUGAUCAAUGCAUCGAGAAAGCCAGAGAAAAGUUACUUUUCAAAGAAUUUGAUGAAUGCAUACAGCUGUGUGAGACAGGAAUCACAGAGGCCCAUAUGAAGGCUGACAACGUGAGUGGACAGAAGAAUCUUGAGACGCUUUGUAUCCUGGCCAUCCAGGCGUAUGCUGAACUCAACCAGUGGCAGCAGGUUAUGCCGUUUGUACAGAAGGUAUUCGGCAGCGUGGAAGAUUGUCCUUACAAGGUGAUGCACCUAUGUAUCCUGUUGCAUUCUAAAAUCAAAGAAUACACACAAUGCCACGUCCUAUCGGGCAUUUGGCUGAAGCAUCCGGGAAACGUCGGGAGUGAGGGUUACAUCGAUAUAGUGGAUGUUUGUAUACAGCAUAUGCUCGUCCCCCAAGGAAAAGUGACUCUGAUCCCGAGAUAUCUGGAAUCUUGCCCCGGGGUGACUUCUACUCAGCAACAGGAUCUUAUAAACUACUACAGCACACUACACGCAUCGAAACACGAUGAGAGUAAAUCCGUCAAGUUCAAAGAUGCAAGUCAGGAAACAGACGUCAAGGAAUCGUGUAACAAUGAGAAGGCCGAAAAACACAAAAUACAGACAGAUCAUCGCCUGGUCACGUUUGCCAAGACCCUAGUGAGCCGUAUGAAAUUGUACAGUCUGGAUACCAUACUAAAGGUGGCGGCACUAACAGUGUGUCUUUACCUCCUCACAUUUCAAGGUCACAACGGCGAUACCUCCAGCAAUUUCAGUAGGCUUGCAUCAAUUGGACGAAAUCUCAUCAAAGCAUUGAAAUCUCUUUUGUGGCCCAGAUCAUCGUCAUAGCAACAGAGAGAGACUUCUCUCAGCAGUAUUACAUUGUUAUUCCAGUGACUAUAAUGACUAAAAUAGUACCGGAUCAACAUGGUUGUUAUUUAGUAUUGAUGUAGGACAACUUCCUGCAUACCAGGCAGUAAUUUGUAUUGCCUUUUCAUUUGUUUAAUCACCUCAUAAAUAGCCAAGGUCAUUUUGAAGUGGGAUACCAUUGUAGUAGUUGGUGGCUACCUCACUGUGAUAUCCAUGAUAUCAAAGGUCUGCAGUCUCAAUCGUCAAAUGGGUCAGGGGAGGGGAGAGCAGACAUCUUUGUGUUUUCAAUAAGCUGGGUGGGCUUCAGUCGUUACUCAUUUUACAAAUGUAAGUUCUGCCAGUGCUCAGUAUUCAGGAAGGGACAACUGGUUCGUCUGUUGUCAGUAUGAUCAGACUGGAUGAAGUGUCUUGUUGAUAUCCUCAGUAGUAUGCUUACUGUAAACAUGGUUAAUUUUGCGAUUUAGAUAUGUAAACUAUACAUGUUGGGGUAAUUUUCGCGAUCGAUAUGCAAAUUGAUAUGAAAAUAAUAUGCGUGGGGAAAUUUUCGCGAUCAAAAGGACUCUAUGUCAUUAGCGUAAAUUUCCCCCACACGUAAAUUUCCACAUUUAUAGUAAGUGAGGAAGCACUCUCGAGUCAAUAUCAAUUUUGUGCUCUCACAAGGAGACAAACACAAGCAUACAGCAGUCUCCCAAAACACACACACACACAUUCUGAGAUUGCUUUUCAGGUCCGAAGGGCAAAGGUCAAUGUCACUGUUACUGAAAAUAGAAAAUUCAUUUCCUUGAUAUAACUUUUUAAAUCACCCAACUUUCUGCACAGACAACACGUCCACUUCCAUGGAUUCUUGUUUUAGUGAUGUAAGAGUCCACUAGGUAUGGAACCUAAGACCUCUGGGUCACUAGCCAUAUGCUCAACCAAUCGAGUUCAGACGGGUUGUCUCUAGCAGAGAAGUAUAUCAUGGCUAGUAUUAACCAGGGUUACAUACCCCCCCCUCCCGCCAGUUUAGACCUGUCCCUCAAGUUUUCCAGGAGUAUCAGCGAUGCUUUUGGAGCAAAGCUUCCAUGAGGGAUCAAACCUGAGAUUUCUGGCUUGCUAGUCUUAGGCAUAACCAAUCAGGCUAAGAGAAGUUCUCACUAGCCGAGUGGUAUUUUGCGCUAGUAUUGACUAUGGCAUCUUCGCUAGCCAAGGAU